AUGAGCCAUGGAGACAGAGGGACGGGCGUCUCUCACCUUCGCUAUGAGGAGGAGGAGGACCAUCAGUCCAUCUAUAUCGGCGUCCCAGUGCCUCAGGGAUAUCGACGUAAGCGCAGGCGAAGGCGCUCUAGCCGUGAGGCCGCUGACAUGGACAGAGACAGACACUACAGCCAGCACAGACCCCGGGAACAUGAACGGUACCAAGACAUAGACGUCGAGGAAGGGCUCAUGGAUUCGUGCGAGCAGAUUUUACCUGACAUCAACCGCACAAUGUCUCCAGCAGCCGAGCGUCUACGCUACAUCCUGAAUGAAGAUGAUGACAUGCCCACGCCAACGCUCUUCACUGAGAUGGACACGCUGCAGAGGGAGGGAGACGAGCUGGAGUGGAAGGAGUCUGCCAGGUGGGUGAAGUUCGAGGAGAAGGUAGAGGAAGGAGGAGAGAGGUGGAGUAAACCCCACGUGUCCACGCUGUCCCUGCACAGUCUUUUCGAGCUCAGGACAUGUCUCCAGACGGGAACAGUUCUGCUGGACCUGGAAGGCUACUCGCUGCCUCAAAUAGUUGAUGACAUAAUUGAAAGGCAGAUCGCGGAGGGCAUGAUAUCCCCAGAUCUGAGAGAGCAGAUCAGCUUUGUCCUGCUGAGGAAACAUCGGCACCAGACCAAGAAGCCAAUACACCGCUCGCUAGCCGACAUCGGCAAGUCCAACACCUCGACCAGUCGUAAUGUAGGGCCCCGAGGUGGACCAGGUCACGGGCCAGGUCCUGGGUCAAUGGCCAACAUCCACCGCUCCACCGAGGACCUCAGAUUGAAACAACAGUCUUCCAACUAUGGCCGCCUGCGUCACGCUCAGAGCAGGAGCAUGAACGAUAUUGCAGAUACUCCCAGCACAGACCAGCUCAAAAACAAAUUCAUGAAGAAGAUCCCUAGAGAUGCAGAGGCAUCCAAUGUCUUGGUGGGGGAGGUGGAUUUCCUCGACAAACCCUUUGUAGCCUUCGUCCGCCUGGCCCAAGCCACAACACUUGGAGGUCUGACUGAGGUCCCUGUGCCCACCAGAUUCCUGUUUGUUCUGUUGGGGCCCCAAGGAAAGGCCAAGUCCUAUAAUGAGAUUGGCCGAGCCAUAGCAACCCUAAUGGUGGAUGAUCUCUUCAGUGACGUAGCCUACAAGGCCAGAGAUCGAGAGGAUCUCAUCGCCGGCAUAGAUGAGUUUCUGGAUGAAGUUAUUGUGCUUCCACCUGGAGAAUGGGAUCCUAAAAUCCGCAUUGAGCCGCCAAAGAAAGUCCCCUCAGCUGACAAAAGGAAGUCAGUGUUCUCUUUGAAUGAACUGGGGCAGAUGAACGGUACAGCUGGGGGAGGAGGAGGCAAGUCUGAGGACGAGGAGAUGCCAGUGCAACAUGAGCUCGGAGAAGAGCUAGCAUUCACUGGACGCUUCUGUGGCGGGCUGUACCUGGAUAUAAAGAGGAAAUUGCCAUGGCUGCCUAGUGAUAUCUACGAAGGCUUUCACAUUCAGUCCAUCUCUGCUGUGCUCUUCAUCUACUUGGGCUGCAUCACCAACGCCAUCACCUUCGGUGGUCUGCUGGGGGACGCUACAGACAACUACCAGGGUGUGAUGGAGAGUUUCCUGGGUACAGCUCUGGCUGGCACUGUUUUCUGUCUUUUCAGUGGUCAGCCCCUCAUCAUCCUCAGCUCCACUGGACCCAUCCUCAUCUUUGAAAAGCUCCUGUUUGAAUUCAGCAAAAAUAACGGCAUUGAUUACAUGGAGCUGCGUCUGUGGAUCGGCAUGCAUUCCUGCCUGCAGUGUUUUAUCCUGGUGGCUACUGACGCCAGUUACAUCAUCAAGUACAUGACGCGCUUCACAGAGGAGGGCUUCUCCAGCCUCAUCUCCUUCAUCUUCAUAUCGGACGCAAUCAAGAAGAUGGUGGGCUCCUUCAAAUACUACCCCAUCAACACUGACUUCAAGCCUGACUACAUCACCACCUACAAGUGCGAGUGCUUGGCCCCUGACCCAGUUCCAAUGCCAGAUAACAGCUCUAGUGUCUCUGGGUUUAAUGUGACAGCGAUGGACUGGAGCCAGCUGAGCAAGAAGGAGUGUGUGAAGUAUGGAGGUGCCCUGGUGGGAAAGACUUGCAAGUAUGUCCCUGAUCUGGCCCUCAUGUCCUUCAUCCUCUUCUUUGGCACCUACUCCAUGACCGUCUCUCUCAAGAAGUUCAAGUUCAGCCGCUACUUCCCCACCAAGCUGAGGAAACUCAUCAGUGACUUCUCCAUCUUCAUGUCCAUUAUGACGUUUGUGGGGCUGGAUAUGUUGAUGGGACUCAAAACUCCCAAGCUAAUUGUUCCAACAGAAUUUAAGCCAACUCGCCCUGACCGUGGCUGGCUGGUGAUGCCGUUUGGAAAGAACCCAUGGUGGGUGUACCUGGCCAGCUUUGUCCCUGCCCUGCUGGUCACCAUUCUCAUCUUCAUGGACCAGCAGAUCAGCGCUGUCAUUGUUAACCGCAAGGAGAACAAACUUAAGAAAGGCUGUGGUUAUCACUUGGAUCUGUUCUGGGUUGGUGUCCUGAUGGCUGCCUGCUCCUUCAUGGGCCUGCCCUGGUACGUGGCUGCCACCGUCAUCUCAAUCGCCCACAUUGACUCUCUGAAGAUGGAGAGUGCGUCGAGCGCUCCCGGAGAACAGCCUCAGUUCCUCGGGGUCAGAGAGCAAAGAAUGACAGGAAUUUUGGUGUUUGCUCUCACCGGAGUCUCCAUCUUCCUCGCUCCGAUACUUAAGUACAUCCCCAUGCCGGUGCUGUACGGUGUCUUCCUCUACAUGGGUGUCGCCUCACUCAGUGGAAUCCAGUUCUGGGACAGGAUAAAGUUAUACAUGAUGCCAUCGAAGCACCAGCCGGACUUUCCUUACCUCCGUCAUGUUCCUCUGAGGAAAGUACACCUGUUCACACUUGUCCAGAUCAUCUGUCUGGCUGUGCUCUGGAUCCUGAAAUCCACCUUCUUGGCCAUCAUCUUCCCUGUGAUGAUCCUGGGUCUGAUGGUCGUCCGAAAGAUGCUGGACAUGGUUUUCUCCCAGCACGACCUGGCCUGGAUUGAUGACCUCCUUCCUGGGAAAGCGAAGAAGGAAAAUAAAGAAGACAAGAAGAAAGGGAAGGAGAAAGACAAGGAGAGGGAGAGGGUGAAGGAGAAGGAAAAGGAGAGGAAGAAGCCCAGACAAGACGACAGUGAUGAGGAGGAUAAAUACCAUGCCUACCCCAACCACUCCCCCAGCUCUGAUUCUGACGUGGAUCGCAGCAUCACCCUCCACCUGAAGAUCUCCUGCCCAUCGUCUCCGGCCAUGCCCAUGGGGAGAGGGAUGUCCUGUCCCGUGCCCCAGGUGAAGAUUGAGAUGGAGUCAGACUACGACUCGGACAGCGACCACCAUCGACCCCGGGACAUGAGCAGUGAGACCACAUUAUAG